UUUCUUUCCGUGAAGAAUAUGAGGCAGUGGCUGAUGCUUGUUGGUUUAAUGAAAAUCAUCGUAUUAGUCAAGGAUUUCCAAAAACGCUUCCAUUCUCUCAAGCAUACCCUUCCUGUUGUUUGGAUAUUAAAAAUUUUGUGAAUCAAUAUUAUCAAUUUGCCGAGGAAGAUUCGAAGAGAUACAGUUUUAUUGAUGAUAUAGUCCAACAGACUCUUGACCAUCUUCUUAUCGAUCAUGUGGAUGGAGCGUUACGUGGCAAAUUACAAAGUAAUAAUAUGACACAAAUUGUUCAAAUCAUAAUCAACCUCGAAUAUUUUGAAGGUGCAUGUGCUGAACUCGAAAAGUUGCUUAAAGCUAAAAGAUCUUCUCACCGUGGAGGAAAUAUUAAAUUAUUUGCAAUAGAUGAAUUUAGAGAGACACGUAAGAAAGCCGAAAAGCGUAUAUUUGAAUUAGUUAAUUCCAAGAUCGAUGACUUUUUGGGAUUAGCAGAUUAUGAUUGGGCACCUGUAUCAUGUCAACAGUAUCCAAGUCUAUUUCUUCAAGAUAUGGUUGAAUUUCUUGGCACUCUUCUCAGCUCCACAUUAUACAAUUUACCGGUGUCGAUCAAAACUUUUAUAUAUUUUGAUGCCCUAAGUCAUUUAGCAACUUCUAUUCGUGAUUUAAUUUUGGACCCAGGUGUCAAAAGAAUUAACUCUAAUGCUAUAAUAAAUUUUGAUUUGGAUGUCACAUUUUUGGAAAAUUUCGCACGUGGACUUGAGGAUCCGAAUAUUGCUGAUGCAUUUUUAGAAUUAAGACAGAUUGUUACAUUGCUUCGGGCAGAUAAUGUAGAAGAGUAUCUAGAUCCUUCUUUGCGAAACAAAAAAUAUUCUCGUCUCAGACCAACAGACGUGGUUAAUUUAUUCGAAAACUUGGAUUCAGAGGAACGGGCCAAAAAACGAGCGAUGGAAGGCGUUGUACGUUCUUUACGAUUUUCAACUAAAGAAUAG